AUGUCCAAGAUGCAUCCUCUCACGCCCAGCCCGUCUGGUAACCACCAACAAAAGCUCUCCCAAGGCCGUCGCCUCGGCCUCACUCUCCGCUACCGCCGCCUCUGCUCCACGACAGAAAUCAACCAAGUCGGCCUGACGCCAUGCCCUACUUCGUCGCCAUCCGACCUCCACGCCUUAGCUGUCUAUGCCGACCCGCAGACGGCCCAGUUCUGGGUCGACGUCUUUGGCAUCGGCUCGCAGCGCGGCUACACCAAGGCCGCCGGCUCGCACGCCGUCAUGGCUCCCCUUGCCGGCAUCGGUAGCGGCCGCUUUGCCUCGCUGCGCUCCGGGGGGGCGGUACAGCCCGGGCAAGGUGUCGAGCACCGUGGCAACUCCCUCGUAGUCCACGACUUGGUCACGGGCAAGACGGCGCUAGAAAUCAAGCAGGCGACGGCCGGCCCGCUGGCUUGGAGCUGCCAAGGGACCGCACUCGCGGCGGGCGAGGCGCGCAACAGGGUUGGUGUCUGGGACGCGCGCUCCGGGGCGAGGAUCGGGCGGGUAGUCGGACACAUCGACGAGGUCACUCACGCAGCCUUCACGCCAGACUCGAAGCUAGUGACACUCUCCAGAGACGGAACGGUACGCAUCACAGAUCCCCAAACCGCAAGGACGCUGAGCAAGCUCGAGGUGGAUGCAACGUCCGGCACCAACCCGCGCGCCCUCGCCGUCUCCCCCGACGGCCAAUCCGUCGUCUCUCUCUGGGGCGCAACCCUCCUCAUAUGGCUCCCGUGCGCGGGACAGCUGACGUCGUACGGCUUGCACGCGGCUCGCGGCUCCGAGGGCUGGCCACUGUGCAUCUCGCCCGACUGUCGCUGGAUGGCGUGCCGCACCGAGGACGGCUUCGACAUCGUCGAUGUGGCGGCGGGAAGCGUCGUGUGGGAGGGCGGCGGCGGGGCGGCCAUGUUUACCGCGGCGGCUUUUUCCACCGAUGGCAAGGUGCUGGUGCUGGGCAGGAUGGAUGGCGUCGUCGAGGUCUGGGACGUCGAGGAGAGGGAGGGGUGA